CAGAGAAAUAUUUUCAUGCUGCUCUACACGAAACGACCUAAAAGCGGAAGCAAAAAGAACGGCUUGUCGAUGGCCCACACGGCGUUCAACCUGUUAAUUCAGCUAGCACCGACACGCGAAAACGCGGUGCCAGAUAGAUGUUCGCUCGGACUAAAUUGUCCGAGAUCGUUGCGCGAACACAACAACUAUGAUUGUCUGUCGGAAGUGUAUCGGGGGCGUUCGCCAGCGAAGCCAAAGAAGUCACUGGGACCGUCCGGGGGAGGGGAGUUGUUAAGUUUAGCCGGUGUCGACUUGGCAGCGACAGUGUGUCAAGAUCACUCGAUUCACCUCGAACGCGUCGAGGACCGAUUGUUGCUUCUCUGUUCUCCGGGUCAGCGGCUGAGCAGGAUGAUGCUGCCGGGGGUGACAGUGGUUCCGGCAACGGUCUGGCUAGCGGUGUGUGUGGCGGUGGUGGGGGCCAGCAACCCUCAGUCCUCCCGCCUCACUCCCGAUCAAUACGCCCCUUGGAUCUCGCACCGCCAUGGACUCCAUAGAAGAACGGAGGAGGACCAGCCGUUUGUGAAGUUUCCGAACGAGUCCGACGAGGAUCUGUCGAUCGAGGAUUCGAUCAGCCUGCAUUCGAAGGGACGCGGUCCCGCGGAGAAACAGCCGGUCAGCAUCUCGAUCAGCUCGUAUUGGAAGGAUCAAGGUGCUGCCGGCAAUGGUUCGUCCGAUCUCACGAUCAGUCCUCGGAGAUCGCCGGACACAAGCAUCGAUUCUCAAGAACGAUCUGAGCUUAUCAAACACCUGGAGAAAGAGUUGCUAUCCUUCGGGAUGAGGAACAGCGCCGCAGAAGACUUCUCACCCCUGCUGCAAGAUAAACAGCUCCUCCGAUACAACGGCCAAAAAUUCCUAGAUCAGAAUAUCAAUGUUGAAGAAAGCUCGGUGCCUGCGAGAUCACCUCCUCAAGAGUCUCAGUCGGAGGAUCCCUUUGUAGCCGACGACACGUUCCAGGAUCAAGGACCUGGCUCGGUGGAGAUAUACAAGCUGGAUCUGCUCAGAGAGCGUCUACUACCAAACCCGAUGCCUACGUCGAAGCUACCGAUGAAUGCUAAACGCAAGGUGCCGAAAAAGACCAGUCACAGCAACGAGAAAACUAAAGCUACCGAUUAUAAAGCUUCUAAUCCAAAACUCGUGCACAAACAAUCAAACUCGUUCGACGAUCACAGUUCAGAUGCACCUCCCAACACGGAUCCUUUCAGCAUCGGUGGCGUGCCAGAAUUGCAAGUUGGUUGCGAAGGACUAGCUGAUUCCAGGCAAAAGAGAUCCAUAGACUCUGUAAGCAAGAAUGAUGAAGGUGAUUUGUGGUCGGAAGUGACCCCGAUAUCUCUGGACCUGGAUUAUGAUCUGUCCGAGGAGAAGUUCGAGGAGAUGGAUGAGCUGUUCAAGCUCAAGAAAUUAGAGACGACGACGAAGGGGAUGAAACAGAACAGAGGAGACAUAGACGUGACUUUGUACGCUGAGUUUCAGGACGACGAGAAACACGCGGAGAAGUUACCAGUCCGUGGGGAUCUGGGUGAGUCUAGCGCGACCACAGACUUUGCCACCUUGACCCCUAUGCCUCACCGAAACGAGCGUAAAGCCAAGGAAAAGCUGGACUCUGUUAGAGCAAAGCGAAGUGUCCAAUUCGAGGGCGCCGAAGCGGUCACGGGUCAAAGGACAGCUAAUCAAGUUCGCAAGAUCCUGUGGGUUAAAGAGCCGACUGUCAACGACCUGUCCGAGAACCGUGAACCCCAGAAGCGGGACAUGUGGGGGUUCGGCGAGGAAGAGGGCGUGGUGUCCAGCGACGAGCUGCAGACGGAGAACCAGAGACGCAGACAAUUCUACGAGCGCCGCAGAAAAGAGGAGGAAUUAAGGCGGCAAGGGGAGGAAUUACGGCGACAACAAGAGAGCCAGCGACGCGGCCAGAUUGCGAAUCGAACUGAUGCGGACAUCGAGAAGAUCAGGAGCGAUUACGAGAAGCAGCUAGAACAAAGACGACAGGAAGAGAGUCGCAGGCUAUCGCAAAUUUCGCCGACGAGGAGACCGGAACGGGAGGACGAGCGUAGACGGCGUCUUGAAAGCGAAACGAACAGAAAUCGGAUGAUGGAGGAGGCGAGAAGACGCACGGAGGGUUUCCGCAGGAGGCAAGAGUCGUGGCCGCCGACUCCUUCGUCGGGAAGGCAAUUGCAGGAGGAAGAGGCGAGGCGAAGACAAAAGGAGGACAGAGUCAACCUGGAAGAUAGGAGGCGGGAAUGGAUGCUGAAGAGGCGGCAGGAGAUGGAGGAGGAGAGGAGGAAGCAAGCGAGGGAUAGGAGCCAGCCGUCGAACGUACCGGCCGGCGCUAAUGAGAGCGGAUCCCGAGGACAAUGGGAACGGGAUCAAAAGCUACGAGAGUACAUAGAGCGCAACCGGCCGGUAAACGUUGAUGGCGCCGUUGAUCGGCGAACCCAGGAGGAGAACCGGAGACGGCUAGACGAGGAGCGCAAACUACAGGAGUACAUCAGGAGAAAUCAGCCGGUUCAAGUGCCGAGGAACGCUUCUUACGACUGGAUGAUGCACAGAAGGAAGGUGGAGCAAGCCGGAGGGGACGAUCGAUCUAGGUACCCCAGCUUAGGAGGCGCCAGAAGAGACCACGGUCCCUCAGCCACGGCGAAUGUCAAUCCCAGGAGCUACGCGGACGAGGCCAGAAGGAGGAACGCCGCUCGAAAAACUGAAGAGGAGAGAAUUCGAGAAAGGGAAAGGCUUCAGGAGGAGUCUCGGAGGCGGGAGCAGGAGGUUCGGAGGUCACAGUCGAGAUGGUACGAAGAGCAACGGCAACGGAUGUUGGUCGAGAGACGGAAGCAAGAGUAUCCCGGAAAAACGAGUUCUCCGGAAAAUAUGGGCCCGCUGAACGGAGAUCGUAGACGGUUCGAGGAUCAUAGGGGGAGGCAGGAAACGAGUCUUGUUCCGUCCAAUUUAGUCGCGAACGAGGCUAGGAGAUCUACGGAGCUCGAGAGACAGAGGAUGGAGAUGGAGAGGAGGAGAAGGAUCGAGGCUGAGAGGGAGAGGGCCGAGAACAGAGCGAAGGAGGCCAGAGAAAGCCAGGAGCGUGCUAGAGCCACGAAAGAGCAAUGGAGGCGGCAGGAAGAGGCUAGGCUGAACUCGCUGCCGGUGAUUGCGAGUAUAAUAAUCCGCCCCGAAGCGUCGGCGACUGCGCCCACGCAGGGUGUCAUUCCACAGUCACGUUUCGGCGAUAGUAUCGAGUUCACGGGCUUUAAUCCGCACCGCAAGGGGAUGGAGGUGCCGAACUUCCCUGCAGCGCCGACUCGACGACCGCCGGUGAAGAGUCCUCCACCUUGCGUUUGGGCGGUGGUCCAGUGUUGUCCGACGAACGUCAAACGUUUGGUCACCUGUUUCGAGUCCAUGGGCUGUCCAGGCAUCAACUGGGAUCCGAAUCCUUGCAGGAUCUCCGUCACUCAAGCUGCUAGGGAGCAGGUGAUGAAAUUCUACGAAGAGGUGGAGGAAGACAGACGUUUGUAGGUUUGCUAGGAGAAGUCGAAGUCGGCGGGUGGUAUUAAGGGAAAUUGAUGGGACGAGUCGGUCGGGAUCGAUGGAAUCGGCUGAGAAAAAUUAGCGAGAGAGAUCUAGAGGAAUCGGAGGAAUAAGCCAGUAAGAAAUGCUGGGACUAUGUAAAUUGGUGAAAAGAUUCUACGGCAGUCCGAUCAGAAUAAUAUUUUGUAAGAAACCCUGGCUCUCGAGAUGUCGAUGAUGUAGAUACUCGACGAAACGUCAGCAGGUAAUUAAAAAAAGUCUACGUAAAAGAAUCAUUAUUUAUACCGAAUGGUAGAAUCGCGAAUGAGAAUCGGCCAAUGCGUAAACGCAUGCGAAAUCCCUGUCGAUUAAAGUGACUUCGUAACGCAUUAGUCGCGAGCUCUGCAAAAAUUUGUCGAAUCGAUUUGUACAUUUUACUUUUGCCAUGAUGAAUCGAUGAAAGUCACAAACCUCGUUAGCGUUCGCAUAUAUUUCAAGCGAAUCCAAAACGACAGAAGCAACGAUAGAUUCGCAAUUUCACUCGAAUGACAUUUCAAUAUCCUUUAUGCGGUUUCCCGAUUCUUUGACAAUGUUGCAUCGUUUUAAGAAAUAAAAGAAAAUAUAUGGUUUGACAACUAUGACAAUUCAAAGAAUUUAAUAUCAUAACUUCGGUGGUAAAUCAGCAGUAGCGAACUCUGCGCGUUUGAAAGAAUUUUCAGUUCGUAAUUUACACCGAACUACACCGCUAUAUUUUGACGGUGGAGUGUUAAACCUCUUAAAGAAAUAAUCGUCUGUAAAGAGCCGGAGACUCCAUUGUGUGUACGACGGAUGCGAUUUGUUUUAUCGGUACUUGUGCGUGUUUAUUUGGCGGCAUACUCGUUUAUCGAGAUUUUCGAAGUAACAUUGUGUUCCGAUGGGAGCCAAUAUCGGAGUUGAAUAACCGAUCGUUAUUGGCCAAUCGCCAGCUUCGUUGUCAAGUCAGUUGGCAUGCAAAAAUAUGGCCAUAAAGGGGAAACGUAGAAGGGAGAGAGAAAGAGGGCGCGAGGGUGCGCGAGGCAAAGAAAAAAAAAGAUAGGGGGAGAGAGAAAAUGAACAAUAGCGCGACACCUGUUCGCGUCGUGGACGCACGUGCAAUUAAGCGUGCUCGCUUUCGCGUUUAACGAUCACGGAAUCGUUAACGAUAAUUCUUCUGUUUUUCUUUUUGUACGUAGCCGUUCGAGUUGUAUGUUUGCAGCUUUUUCACAUGUGAUAUAAUAUGUAGAUAGGCGUUGUCCGCUGUAGCGAUGUUAUUUAAAAAUAAUAUUUUACCUCCGCCGGCGAGUACCUGCGACACGUCGAGCGAAAAGCUCUCUCAUUGUUAGAUCGAAUUAGCAAGCUUUCCGAAGAAACUGUAAAUGAACGUCUAACAAAAAGAAUGAUUUUUUGAAACUUUUAACGAUGUCGCGUCCCUUCAAGAUAUCUGAAUGAAUUGGAAAUCGAUGAACGUAAUAGGACGCUUCAACUAUAAAAAUGAGGAUAUUAAUUCGGUGUCUUUAAUCGCAAACCGGUGUUCGUUAAUUUUAUAUUGAAAUUUAGAUUAUGAACUGGAGAGAUGAAAUUUUCGAGAGAAGAAUCUCGGUUAGAAAUGCCAAAACCAAGUGCAGUAUCUGUUUUAUGUAUUUUAAGUAGUAGGCGCAUCGUUUAUAAUUAAUUAUGCUUAACAAUCGCGAAAAGUAUUCUUGUACUAGUGAGAAAAGAAACUCAUAUUUUUCUAUUUGAUAUUUUAAAACAGCAUGUAUGGAUGUCUGCUUAGAGUAUGACGAUGAGCUUGUUGUAAUAUAAUUAAACACUUGUGUAAUAUACGUAAUAAACAUUCAGAAACGCGAGUGCCCAA